GGAAGUGCCGACCUGGAACCUGCAGUAGGCGGGUGUCCCCUCGGUGCCGCUCAGCCGCCGCCUGCGCCGGCCAUGGACUGCUACACGGCGAACUGGAACCCGCUCGGGGACUCUGCCUUCUACCGGAAAUAUGAGCUGUACAGCAUGGACUGGGACCUGAAAGAGGAACUCAGGGACUGCUUGGUGGCCGCUGCACCCUAUGGGGGCCCCAUUGCACUGCUCAGGAACCCCUGGAAGAAGGAGAAGGCUGCCAGUGUACGGCCUGUGCUGGAGAUCUACUCUGCUUCUGGCAUGCCUCUGGCCAGCCUACUGUGGAAGAGUGGGCCUGUGGUGUCCCUGGGCUGGUCAGCUGAAGAGGAGCUGCUCUGUGUGCAAGAAGAUGGUGUGGUGCUGGUUUAUGGGCUUCAUGGUGACUUCCGGAGACACUUCAGCAUGGGCAAUGAAGUUCUUCAGAACCGGGUUCUGGAUGCCCGAAUCUUCCAUACUGAGUUUGGUUCCGGGGUGGCCAUCCUCACAGGGGCCCACCGCUUCACCCUCAGCGCCAAUGUGGGUGACCUCAAACUCCGCCGGAUGCCAGAGGUUCCAGGCCUACAGAGUGCACCCUCAUGCUGGACCACACUGUUCCAGGAGCGAGUGGCACACAUUCUUCUGGCUGUGGGGCCUGAUCUUUACCUCUUGGACCAUGCAGCCUGCUCUGCAGUGACACUCCCUGGCCUGUCCCCCGGAGUGAGCAGUUUCCUGCAGAUGGCAGUCUCCUUCACCUACCGCCACCUGGCACUCUUCACAGAUACAGGCUGCAUCUGGAUGGGGACAACGUCCCUCAAGGAGAAGCUUUGUGAGUUCAACUGCAACGUCCGGGCUCCCCCAAAGCAGAUGGUCUGGUGCAGCCGUCCUCGCAGCAAGGAGAGGGCUGUCGUGGUGGCCUGGGAAAGGCGACUAAUGGUGGUAGGCGAUGCACCCGAGAGCAUCCAGUUUGUGCUGGACGAGGACUCCUACCUGGUGCCAGAGCUGGAUGGGGUCCGCAUCUUCUCCCGCAGCACCCAUGAGUUCCUGCAUGAGGUUCCAGUGGCCAGUGAGGAGAUCUUCAAAAUUGCCUCAAUGGCUCCCGGAGCACUGCUAUUAGAGGCCCAGAAGGAAUAUGAGAAAGAGAGCCAGAAGGCAGAUGAGUACCUGCGGGAGAUCCAGGAGCUGGGGCAGCUGACCCAGGCUGUGCAGCAGUGUAUCGAGGCUGCGGGACACGAGCACCGGCCAGACAUGCAGAAGAGUCUGCUCAGGGCGGCCUCCUUCGGAAAGUGUUUCCUGGACAGAUUUUCACCCGACAGCUUUGUGCGCAUGUGUCAGGAGCUUCGUGUGCUCAACGCCGUUCGGGACUACCACAUUGGAAUUCCCCUCACCUACAGCCAAUACAAGCAGCUCACCAUCCAGGUGCUACUGGACAGGCUUGUGUUGCGAAGACUGUACCCCCUGGCCAUCCAGAUAUGUGAAUACCUGCGCCUUCCUGAAGUACAGGGCGUCAGCAGGAUCCUGGCCCACUGGGCCUGCUACAAGGUGCAACAGAAGGAUGUGUCUGAUGAGGAUGUUGCUCGGGCCAUUAAUCAGAAGCUAGGGGACACACCUGGUGUCUCUUACUCUGACAUUGCUGCGCGGGCUUAUGGCUGUGGCCGUACAGAGCUAGCCAUCAAGCUAUUGGAGUAUGAGCCACGCUCUGGGGAGCAGGUACCCCUUCUCCUGAAGAUGAAGAGGAGCAAACUAGCACUGAACAAGGCCAUUGAGAGUGGGGAUACAGAUCUUGUGUUCACGGUAUUGCUGCACCUGAAGAAUGAGCUGAACCGAGGAGAUUUUUUCAUGACCCUCCGGAACCAGCCCAUGGCCCUAAGUUUGUACAGACAGUUCUGUAAGCAUCAGGAACUAGAGACACUGAAGGACCUUUACAACCAGGAUGACAACCACCAAGAGUUGGGCAGUUUCCACAUCCGAGCCAGCUAUGCUUCAGAAGAGCGAAUCGAGGGGCGUGUUGCAGCUCUGCAGACUGCAGCUGACGCCUUCUACAAGGCCAAGAAUGAGUUUGCAGCCAAGGCCACAGAGGAUCAAAUGCGGCUCCUACGGCUGCAGCGACGCCUAGAAGACGAGUUGGGGGGCCAUUUCCUCGACCUGUCUCUACAUGACACAGUCACCACCCUCAUCCUCGGAGGCCACAAUAAGCGCUCAGAGCAGCUGGCACGUGACUUCCGCAUUCCUGACAAGAGGCUCUGGUGGCUGAAGCUAACCGCCCUGGCAGAUCUGGGAGACUGGGAGGAGCUGGAGAAGUUUUCUAAGAGCAAGAAAUCACCCAUUGGCUACCUGCCUUUCGUGGAAAUCUGCAUGAAGCAACACAAUAAGUAUGAGGCCAAAAAGUAUGCAUCCCGCGUGGGUCCUGAGCAGAAGGUCAAGGCUUUACUUCUUGUUGGGGAUGUGGCUCAGGCUGCAGAUGUGGCUAUUGAGCACCGGAAUGAGGCAGAGAUGAGCCUCGUGUUGUCUCACUGCACGGGAGCCACAGAUGGGGCCACAGCCGACAAGAUUCAGCGGGCCCGGGCACAAGCCCAGAAGAAGUAAGAGGCCCAUCCUGCACAUCUCCUCAAGCCAGGGGCUUGACCAGAAGUGUCUCUGCUUAUUCUCCCCCUUCCCCAGAGCAAAAGUUGGGGAGUAAGCUAAGGUGGGAACUGGGAGUCUGGUUGUAAAUAAAGUUGUAACAUUUCAGAAUGCUUGUCUAAUGCAGUCUGGCCUAAGCACUGGAAUCAGAGCUAUCUAGACACCACAGCAAAGUUCCACUUGUUUGGUUGGGACUGGACGUGGGGCUUCUCCAGCUGUUUUUACAAGAGACCUGUCCCUCUGACCAGUUACUAAGGAAAGUUUCAUAGUUUUCCUAGGAAAACUAUGGGGGGAGAGAGCACAGAACAUACUCCAACUCGUUAAGAACCACACUGAAAAAAAAAUUUUUUAAAGAUUUAUUUAUACAAGAACCGGGGUAUAGGCCAGAUGUGCAGGAGGGUGAGAGGAUUCACCAGAGACAGAGCGGGGAACAAACAGGCAUACUGACGAAAUACACUGCUGAGGGGAGCAGCGGGCGAGACAGGAGAGGUCUGCCUUGCCAUGUGGGCAUCUCUGUGGCCGGUGGGGAUCAAACUGGCACUGCAGAGGCUGCGGACAGCUUCACAGCACUGCGCUCAACCACCUGCACCAGCAGGGAGACCCCCCACACUGAAAAUUGUUACACACACUCUCUCUCUCUCUCUCUCUCUCUCUCUCUCUCAAGAACUGUCAAGAACUGUGCCAAACACUACCGUUUUUGUUUCAUUUAUUCCAUAUGACAACCCCGUGAGAUAGGGAGCAGCAUCCCAUUUUUACAAAGGAAGAAAGGGGACUGAGGUUCUGUCACAGUGAGCAUAUGGCAAAACUGGGCUUUGAAACUAGAUUGAGCAUUUGGGGGUCUCAGAGCUGCUCCUUGGGUAUGGUGGUGACAGAAAAGAGUUGACUCAGCUGGAACUAAGGUCGGGCCCUCUACGAGGGGAACGUGAGCUGCCUGGCAGUACAGUGAAGGCUGAAAGAAUGAUGGGAAGCAAGUGAUCAGUGAGUUGGAGGAGGAGCCUUCAGAAACCCUGCCUACCGUGGUGAGAAAUUCCUGAGUGUUCUCCGGGUGGAAGAGAAAAGGGAAGUGGAAUUCUCCUUUUGGCAGUUCUUUGGCAAGAACUGCAAACUGCAAACCAUGAUUCCACCCUGGACCCAUGGAGGCUCCAUCCCUGUCAGUAGACGUGCCUUCUAGGCCUGCCAUUUGCACUCUGUGCAUCGUGGCUUCUAGUCCAGUGCCCCCACCCAACAGAGGGCAUGACUUUUCCUCCUGUUGUCCCCUUAGUCUGCAAGUAGAAAACCAAAGCCCAGAAGGAUAAAACCAAAGCUAGAGGGAGGGUCUCAAUAGAGCUUCCAGCCUUGCCUUCUUCAAAGCCUCUAAGGCCAGCCAUGCUUAGGAAGACUGAAAGUGUUUCUUUUCUUCUCUCACCUGAUCUCUAAGUGUGACUUUGUUAAAGUCCUCUAAGAGUAUAUAUAUCAAAUCGUAAAACAGCCAUUUCUUAUGCUUACCAGGUGGACAGGAGAAAACCGUGAUGUUUGGAAUCAACUGAAAGUCUCAAGGGUUG